GUCGAAAACGUGCAUUCCUUAUUUAAAAAAAAGUACAAAUCCUCAUAUUGUUAACAUCAGUCCCCCACUGAAUUUAAAUCCAUUUUGGUUUAAAAAUCAUGUUGCAUAUACAAUGUCUAAGUAUGGAAUGUCUAUGUGUGUUCUUGGAAUGGCAGACGAAUUCAAAGAAGACGGUAUUGCUGUUAACGCCGUGUGGCCUCGAACUGCGAUUUACACAGCGGCAAUCGAAAUGUUGACCGGCCCAAACUCUGGCAGCAUUAGUAGAAAACCUGAAAUUAUGGCUGAUGCGGUUUAUUCAUUGAUCUGUAAAAACAGUAAAUCACUAACAGGACAAUUUUUAAUCGAUGAAGACAUAUUGAGACGAGAAGGAAUAACAGAUUUUUCUACAUACGCUUUUGACCCAGCGAAUCAGGAUAAUUUAAUGACUGAUUUUUUCCUGGAUAUAUCGGAAUCUACCAAAUCACCAUCUGCUGAACGUUCUGAAGUAGCCUCACCAAAGCAUGAUGUGACGUCUGAUUUUGGAGACGGGAGAAUCGCAAAAAUUUUCACUGCGAUUCAUGCCAAUUUAAGUCCGGAACUUGUUACUAAGACUGGAGCUGUGUUCGAAUUUAAUGUCAAAGGAGAUGAAGCUGGUACGUGGUUUCUGGACCUUAAAAAUGAGAAAGGAGCUACAGGACGGGGAAAGCCUAGCCAUCCAGCCGAUGCUGUAUUCACUAUGGACUCAAAACAUUUUUUUGCAAUGUUUUCCGGUAAAAUGCAACCAACAAUGGCUUUCAUGACAGGCAAGUUAAAGAUCAACGGGAGUGUCGAGAAAGCAAUGAAGCUGGAAAAGUUGAUGACCAGCCUCAAAUCAAAGCUUUAAGGGAGUCGAAACAAUCUGUUGCAUUCAUGUUAUGAAUGCAUUUCAUGAAAUACGAUGAUAAGAAAGAAAGUCAAUCCUGGAUAACCCUUGUAAAAAGGAAAAGGUCUUCGUCGCAGCUUUCAAGGGAAAUGGAAUGGAAACAAUAAUUUCACGUACUAACUACCUAUUGGUAACAAUGCGUUAAGUUUAAGAAUAUACUUUUCUUAUGUUUAUAAUUUUCCAUAGGAAUCAUUAAUAUUAAGUCGGUCCAUAUGUUCAUGCGUUUUUUUUUUAAGUAAUUUGUUUUGACGGAUUUUUUACGUGUUAUAUAUAUAUAUUUUUUUUUGUUAAGCCCUAUCUUUCCUCUACGAAUUACAUUAAUUUCUUCUGAAAGAGAAUUUAACUUUAACUCAAUUUAGCUCUGUACAAAUAUGCAUCUUUGACAUGAUCUUCUCGAUGAGAUGUUGUCUUCUUUUCAUGGCUCAGCCAUUCCUUUCUCUGCUUCAUAUUAAAGUAUACACAUAAUUUUUCAUCGCCGACGACGAUGCGGUAAAGAAAUCUCUGCGUGUGCCCAUCAGUAGCCUUGUUUCGAACGAGCAAAUUGGCAGCGACAAUGAAGCGUUGAAUUCGAUUGUUUUCGGUCAAAACGUGUGGCACCCAAACACGGGCCAACAGGUCGGUUGGAACAUGGAGUGCUGCGAGAUCAAACUGUUAGUCUUUGAAUCUCAAAAAUCACUUCUGAGCGGUUCUUUCUGCUAUAGCAUCCUCUCCGUACACGGGAAAAUGUCUUGAGCAGCUUUAGCCGCUUUAAACCGCUAAUUGAAGGCGAAGAGAAAGGGAUGUAGAAAAUGAUUAUUUUUUUUUACUUGGCAUUCUAUUGUUAUAUAGGGUGCAACAGAAAUGAUAGAAACGGUUUAUACAGCGCUAUCUUGUAACCUUGUUAAAAAGAAAAGGAGUCGAAAAAUCUUGUACAAUUUUCUCUACAGUGCAUAACUUUCAUGUAAUAACUAAUUGAAGCAUAGUCAAUCAAUCGUGUUCCUCAAUGGAACGAAUUCGGCUGUUUGCGGCGUAACAGUCUUACCGGCGUUCUCUCCGCUAUGCAUUCCGUCGGGGAACGCGAUUGAUUGGCCGUGUUUCAAUUAGUUAUUACGGAAAAGUUAUGUAUUGUAGAGAAAAAUAGUAAGAACUUUUAGACUCCUUUUUUACCAAGGAUAGCGCUGUCAAAACUGUGUCCACCAUUUCUGUUACAUCCUGUCUAGCUGAUUAAAUUUUUGUAUUUUGAUAUCUUGAUUAUUUGAGAUUUUGAUACCGAGUUAAUGAUUAGAUAGUUAAUCCUUAAAGUAAAGAUAGUUUUUAAAAAAUAUAUGUAACGUUGCCUCAAACAGAUAAUCCGUCAAAAUAAGACUUUCAAAAAAUCGUAUAAAGUCAUAUACCAACCUAAUAUAUAAUUCGUGCCUAUAUUAAGGAAGGAUCCCAGUGAGUAAUUAUCCAGUUCUGUAUUCGACUUCUAAGAUUGAAUUAUUUAAAAUGGUAUAAUUAAGUUAUUAAUGAUUUAAGUAACAGGUUCAGUCUGCGAAGAAAUGUACAUAUAAAUAAAACGGUCAUUGCCAAAAACGAUA